GCACGUUUAAUUCGCGCGCAAAGUCCUGCGCACCCUCCUGCUUUUGAUACACCGCUCGCACACAGAGCCGCCUGUCGCGUGUGGGGCGCAUAAAGCUGCUCUUACCCGCAUUGGUGCGUGGCUGUCUAUUCGCCCUUGCUGCGUCACCUUCCAUGGCUGCAGACGCGUCUGAGGUUGCCGCCUCGCUACCCUACCACGAGCCUGGCAUUGAGACGCUCUUGAUCCUGGUCUCUUUUCUCUUAUUGCUCAAUGUUGUCAAUGCUGCACUCGAUAGGCUCCUGUACUGCGGCUUGCUCGGUCAGGUCUUGAUUGGAAUAGCUUGGGGCACCCCAGGUGCCAAAUGGCUGCCAACCGAAGUCGAAGAAGUGAUUGUCCAGUUGGGAUAUCUUGGGCUCAUUCUACUUGUGUAUGAAGGGGGUCUGCAUACUUCUUUCCAGUCGCUGAAAGCUAAUUUGCUGCUCUCGUCUGGAGUUGCAAUCACUGGCAUUUGCGUCCCUAUUGGACUCUCAUACACACUCCAAGGCCUGCUUGACGCUACUCCAUUACAAGCCUUUGCUGCCGGCGCUGCGCUAUGUUCGACCAGCUUAGGGACGACAUUCACUGUGCUAGGCUCUAGUGGCCUCUCCUCCUCUCGCCUCGGUGUUGUCCUCACUAGUGCAGCAAUGAUGGACGAUGUUGUUGGGCUAGUCAUGGUACAGGUCAUCUCCAACCUCGGGGCUGCGAACUUCAACGCGGUUACUGUCCUUCGACCCGUGCUAGUCUCGAUUGCUUUCGCUGUCGUUGUUCCUAUUGCAUGUUUGUUUAUUGUCAAGCCGUGCACACUAUGGCUCAACAGGCAUCGGGAGUCUCACCCUGCUGCGCCGCUCAACCAACUGUUGUGUAAAAAGCACAUUGCGUUCACGAUCCACACAGUACUACUCGUCGCUCUCAUCACUGGGGCGACUUAUGCUGGGACGUCGAACCUUUUCGCUGCAUACAUUGCCGGCGCCAGCAUCAGCUGGUGGGAUUCUGAGGUACCCCAUACUGACACAAGCCCUGGAGCUCAAGAGACGACAGAAGCAGUCGCCAUUCCGAGCAACGAGCCUUCUGGAGCCACUGAGGGCUCUAGCAAAAAUAAAGAUGCGGACGCCUCCGGAGUGCUUGACGGCAGUGUCCAUCCUACUCGAAUAACGAAUACUGUCAAUGGGAUGGACAACUCAAGUGGUGUGGCCAUAUAUGAGCAUUACUACCUUCAAGUCGUGUCAAAGAUGCUACAGCCACUCUUCUUUGCAUCAAUCGGAUUCUCCAUUCCAAUUACACGCAUGUUUCGUGGAGCUAUCGUCUGGCGGGGCAUUGUCUACACAAUUCUCAUGGCAUUUGCAAAAGUGGUAUGUGGUUUGUGGCUCGUCAGGCUUACCAUCGCCCCAACAAACACUGUCCGCCGCGUCGUUCAUGGACUAAAACUUCCCGCCGUGCCUCAUCUCUGGGGUAGGAGUAAGGUGCAGGCUACUCAUACGACCGCCGAGCGGGCAACGACCGAAGCGGAAGCUGUCCCCUCUGCGACGGCAUCCAUUCACGAGCGACGAAGCUCACCAAACCCACCGAAGCCUCUGUCCAUACACCCGCCGCUCAUCCUUGCACUAGCAAUGUGUGCUCGUGGCGAAAUUGGCUUCCUGAUAUCUGGGGUAGCUGAAUCGACCGGCGUUUUCUCGCCAUCUGGAGUUACCUCAAGCGAGCCAUCAGAUAUAUUCCUCGUUGUGACUUGGGCAAUAGUGCUUUGUACUAGCGUCGGCCCUCUUGGAGUCGGGUUGUCAGUGCGCAGGGUGAGAAAACUUCAAGCGCGAAAGGAACGAGAGCGAGAAGGCGCUGGGAGAGAUGUCCUUGGAGUCUGGGGGGUAGAGUAGGCUAUUUUGUCGACAUGUCACGUUUCGAAAGAGGCUGCUUCUUCUCUCCGGGCAUGAGCCAUAUAUAUACUUUUUCCACAGAAGCGAUUGAGCCCGGUUUGUGUCAAUAUGGUGCUCAUUGUAUCUUUGCUGGCUGGCUUUGGCUACUGGUCUGCCGCAGUCAAAGUACUUCAUUAAGUGACUUCAAUCGGUUGACUCAGCGCUUUCAUUCACGGUCAUCGAGAAGAGAGAUGACCGUCAAAGCCGAACGCCUCGCAAUUUGGCACACAUCAAGAAGUAG